GGGCGCGGCGGCAGCGGCGGCGGCGGCACGGAGAGCUCGGCGGGCCAUUGGCUCUCGGCCGCGGCAAAGGGAGCUUGGGGAGGAGAAGCGCGAGCGGGGGCCCGCGGGCCGGGCCGGGCCGGGGGCGUCCUGGGCUGCGGCCAUGGAAGACCAGAGGGAAGCGCUGCGGAAAAUCAUCACGACUCUGGCUGUGAAAAAUGAAGAGAUUCAGAGUUUCAUCUACUCUCUCAAGCAGAUGCUGCUGAAUGUGGAGGCUAAUUCCACCAAAGUGCAGGAGGACCUGGAGGCUGAAUUCCAGUCCCUCUUCUCCCUCCUAGAGGAGCUGAAGGAGGGCAUGCUCAUGAAGAUAAAGCAGGAUCGUGCCAGCCGCACCUACGAGCUGCAGAACCAGCUGGCUGCCUGCACGCGGGCCCUGGAGAGCUCCGAGGAGCUUCUGGAAACGGCCAACCAGACCCUGCAGGUCGCUGACUGCGAGGAUUUUCCUCAGGCUGCCAAGCAAAUCAAAGAUAGUGUGACCAUGGCCCCUGCCUUCCGGCUGUCCUUGAAAGCCAAGGUCAGCGACAACAUGAGUCACCUCAUGGUGGACUUUGCCCAGGAGCGGCGGAUGCUACAGGCCCUCAAGUUCCUGCCUGUGCCCGGCGCCCCGGUGAUCGACCUGGCCGAGUCCACGGUGGCGGACAACUGCGUGACGCUGGUGUGGCGCAUGCCGGACGAGGACAGCAAGAUCGACCACUACGUGCUGGAGUACCGGCGGACCAACUUCGAGGGGCCGCCGCGCCUCAAGGAGGACCAGCCCUGGAUGGUGCUCGAGGGCAUCCGGCAGACGGAGCACACGCUGAGCGGUCUGAAGUUUGACAUGAAAUACAUGAACUUCCGCGUGAAGGCCUGUAACAAGGCAGUUGCCGGCGAGUUCUCCGAGCCGGUGACCUUGGAGACACCAGCGUUCAUGUUCCGCCUGGAUGCGUCCACAUCCCACCAGAACCUGCGGGUGGAUGACCUCUCCGUGGAGUGGGACGCCAUGGGCGGGAAGGUGCAGGAUAUCAAGGCGCGUGAGAAAGACGGCAAGGGGCGGACGGCGUCUCCCGUCAACUCCCCGGCCAGAGGUACUCCAUCUCCCAAGAGGAUGCCCUCUGGUCGUGGGGGACGGGACCGCUUCACAGCUGAGUCCUACACAGUGCUGGGGGACACGCUGAUCGACGGCGGGCAGCAUUACUGGGAGGUGCGCUACGAGCCGGACAGCAAGGCCUUCGGCGUGGGAGUUGCCUACCGCAGCCUGGGCCGCUUCGAGCAGCUGGGCAAGACGGGCGCGUCCUGGUGCCUGCACGUCAACAACUGGCUGCAGGUCAGCUUCACGGCCAAGCACGCCAACAAGGUCAAGGCGCUGGACGCCCCCGUGCCCGACUGCCUGGGCGUGCACUGCGACUUCCACCAAGGCCUCCUGUCCUUCUACAAUGCCCGCACCAAGCAGCUGCUGCACACCUUCAAGGCCAAGUUCACGCAGCCACUGCUGCCUGCUUUCACGGUGUGGUGUGGCAGCUUCCACGUGACGACGGGCCUGCAGGUGCCCAGCUCCGUGUACUGUCUCCAGAAACGUGGCAGUGCCACCAGCAGCUCCAACACCAGCCUCACCUAGGCCACCUGACCACCCAUCCGGGUUGUUUCGGGGGCCGCCACCCCUCCUCUCCCUCACUCACUUGCUGCUUGGAGCCUUAACAGCUGGUGGGAGGGGAGGCACUGAUGGGGUGCAGGCCCUGGGACCCCCACUUUGCCUCCUAAUAAAAGUCAGACACGG